AUGUAAAAUUUAAGUGACUUGAAUCAAUACUCCAAUCAAAUAUAGAUCAAUAAUGAGAAUUCCAAUGGAUUUUCUUAAGUUUAUUAGAAUUUCAAUCAACCUAGCAAUAAUUCAGGAACGAAAUCUAAAAAGAGGUCCUACCAGGAUGCACAAUCAUCUUGGAAUGAGAAAAUUAAUGAAGGGCGCCAAAACUUCAAAAGGCUCAGAAUUAAUGAUCCUGCAGAUUAAUAAUCAAAAUUAAUUGAGUCUAUGCUUUCUAAUCACAAUGGAUAUCCACAUCAUUAGUAUAAUUCUACUUAGCAAGAGGAUGGCUAAGCUUUGGAAUAAGUUAAUCAUCAAUGCUCGAUGAAUAAUGAAAAUGAUCAAUACUCCUAUUUGAACAAUAGUCCGAUAUCAACUUGCAUUUCUGAACAAUAAUCUAGCUAGAUUCACAGUUCGAUGACUUUGCAAUAACUUACAGACAUGUAUCAGCAUAAUCAGCAAUAUGACUCCUCCCUAGAAAAUCAGCAACUUAAAAUCAUUAGGGAACAGAACUUGAGAAUGAGAUAAAGAAUGAGAGAAGAUUAUGAAACUAAGACUAGAGAGUAAAUGAUUCAGACCUAGCAAAUGUACGAGCAUGAGAAAUUUAUUGUUGAGCAAAAUUAUCAAUAGAUAAAUGAUAUGCUCAGGAGGAUUUAGUUUGGCUAGUGA